CAAAUUGACUGAUUCCUCUACUGCUCAAAUGUCAUAAAGGGACAAUCUUUUUGCUCAGACAAUUGAAAAUAAAGACGAUGGCAUUACUUUUAUCUGGCGAUUCCGAUGUUGGUCCGUUGCGAGAGCAUCUCUUGGAUGUGGACUGUUUGUCUGAUGGCGAACCGAAGAUUCGCGUAAGAGAUCUGACCAGAGUCUCCGAUGAUGGAUCUCUGAUCCUGAGAGGAGUCUCCAUCGAUUUACCGAAAGGGAUGAUCGUUGGUGUGAUUGGUCCAAGCGGAAGCGGAAAGUCAACGUUUCUCAGAUCUCUAAACCGUCUCUGGGAGCCACCGGAGACGACUGUUUUCUUGGACGGCGAAGACAUAACCAACAUCGACGUCAUCACUCUCCGCCGCAGAGUCGGAAUGCUUUUCCAGCUUCCUGUUCUCUUUGAAGGGACUGUUGCGGAUAAUGUGAGAUAUGGUCCGAAUUUGAGAGGUGAGAAGCUAAGUGAAGAAGAAGUUUACAAGCUGCUAACUCUUGCGGAUCUUGAUGCAUCCUUUGCGAAAAAGACUGGUGCUGAGUUAUCUGUAGGUCAAGCGCAACGAGUAGCACUUGCGAGGACUCUAGCCAACGAGCCUGAGGUGUUGCUUCUUGAUGAGCCAACGAGCGCUCUGGAUCCGAUAUCGACAGAGAACAUUGAGGAUGUGAUAGUGAAACUCAAGAAGCAGAGAGGGAUCACGACAGUGAUUGUUUCUCACAGUAUCAAGCAGAUACAGAGAGUUGCUGAUAUCGUUUGCCUUGUUGUCGAUGGAGAGAUUGUUGAAGUACUUAAACCUAAUGAUCUUUCUCAAGCUACUCAUCCAAUGGCUCGGAGGUUUCUUCAACUUAGUUCCUAAAUCUUUUGCUUUUUUUUCUUUCCUUGAAUCGAUUCAAACAAAUGUUGUAUGAAUGUAACAACACCUUAUAUGGUUUAUGUCUAUUUAUCUUUUUCUUGA